GGACUAUCGCGGGGAGGUGGAGGAUAUGGAGGAAGGGGACGCAGAGGGGGAAGGGCCCAAGGCGGUCAGAGAGGGGCCGAGCAGUCACGGCCUCCCGUCGAACGCCAACAGCACCACCACCACCAACAACCUCCUGGCUUCUGUCAAAGAGCAGGAGCUCCAGUUUGAGCGGCUGACUCGGGAGCUGGAGGAGGAGCGGCAGAUCGUGGCGAGCCAGCUGGAGAGGUGCAUGCUGGGAGCGGAGUCGCCAGCAGGAGACAGUAGCAGCUCGUCUGAGAAGUCGUUUGCAUGGAGAUCUGCAGGCGGAGAGUCGCAGGGCGGAGUCAUAGAGGUGUCCGGAUGUCCUGGUCGUCACCUGGAGGCGGAGGAGGGGCUCUACCUGCCUGAACCAGACCGCGCCUCCCUGCAUGACAGUGAGGGCUCAGGGGGUCACUCAGCCCAGAUGACCUCGUAUUCAGACAGCGGCUACCAGGACAGCAGCGUUAGUUAUUACAGCAACCAGAACGUGGUGCGUUCAGAGCCCCGAGCCUCGUUAUCCAGAAGCCCGAGAGCUGAGGGUCAAGCCUCUGGGCAGGUAUCUGGCCGGAUGUUACGGAGGAUGGCGUCCCUCCCCUCCAGGAGCCAGUCUCCCGGUUGUGGCACCGCUGGCACCGUCUCGCCCUCCCGCAUCUCCCUGCGAACAUCCCAAGGCAGCACCUACGAUUCGCCCAUCCUCUCGGAGCCAAAACCUCUGGCCGCCGUAUUCCCCGGCACCAGCAUGCCGCCCUCCUGCCCUUCGCCGACCUCCCCGACCGACGGCACGCAGGCCCUGGGCGGCGGGGGUGGAGGCGUGAUAGGAGGAGGAGGUGGCGGCCGUCUGGGCUCCACCCUCUCUCUGGUGGAGGGGAGGGGUUUGACGGGGUCGCCGCUGCGUUCGGGGAUGACGGCGGUGCCGCAGCACUACGGCUCCACGCUGCCCAGGCAGAGCCAGCCGCUGGCGUACGGCGCUGAUCCAUACGGCCUGUACCAGAGGAGCGCACUGCCCCGCCCCGACAGCCUCAUAGGCCUUCACAGCUCAUACGCCGGCCACGCGGGGCAGAUCGAUCCAGAGCUGAGGGCGGCGUUGUCUCCAGACUGCCACAUGACGCCUGUUUUCGAUGAGCGCUCCUUCCACAGCCCCCUGUACCACAGCCCAACCCACGACCCCCAGGGCUCCCUCUACAGGACUAACACAGGUAUGGGGACCCUCCCUCGGACCACAAGCCACUGCGGCACGCUGCCGUACCAAAGAAGCAGCUACGGGCUGAGCACUGCGGCUCUGUACGUCGACUCCUACAGAGUCUCCGGCGAGCCCGUCUUCUCCCACCGCCACUCUGGACUGGUGGAGCGGGUGGCCACGCGCACCCCGUCCAUCGAGAGCAUCCAUAAAGACCCCAGGGAGUUCGCCUGGCGUGACCCCGAGCUGCCAGAGGUCAUCCACAUGCUGCAGCAUCACUUCCCCUCUGUCCAGGCCAACGCCGCCGCCUACCUGCAGCACCUGUGCUACGGAGACAACCGGGUCAAGGUGGAGGUGUGUCACCUGGGAGGGAUCCAGCACCUGGUGGACCAGCUGGAUCAUAAGGUGGCCGAGGUUCAGAAGAGCGCCUGCGGGGCCCUGAGGAACCUGGUGUACGGCAAGGCCACCGACAACAACAAGGUGGCGCUGAGGAACUGUGGCGGCGUGCCGGCCCUGCUGCGCCUCCUCAGGAAAACCACCGACAACGAAGUGCGCGAGCUGGUCACCGGCGUCCUGUGGAACCUCUCCUCAUGUGACGCAGUGAAGAUGACCAUCAUCCGCGACGCUCUGACCACGCUCACCAACACGGUCGUCAUCCCCCACUCGGGCUGGAGCAGCGUCUCGCACCGCGACGAACACAAGGUCAAGUUCCAGUCCUCGCUGCUGCUGCGCAACGCCACCGGCUGUCUGAGGAACCUGAGCUCAGCAGGGGAGGAGGCGAGGAGCCAGCUGCGUUGCUGUGAAGGUCUGGUCGACUCGCUGCUUCACGUCCUCAAAGCUUGCGUCAACACAUCCGACUACGACAGCAAGAUCGUGGAGAACAGCGUCUGCACCCUGAGGAACCUCUCCUACCGGCUGGAGGUGGAGAUGCCCUCCUCUCGUCUCCUCGGCAACCAGGAGCUGGACAACCUGCUGGGCUUCUCCUCCCCCGCCAAGGAGCUGGACUACCUCUGCUGGGGCAAGAGGAGGCGCAGCAGGAAGAGGGGCGGCUGGCCCGACGACAAGUGGGACGGCGUCGGGCCGAUCCCGGGUUUCUCCCAGUCUCUGAGGGGGGCGGAGCUGCUGUGGCACCCGAUGGUGGUGAAGCCAUACCUCAACCUGCUGGCCGAGAGCUCCAACCCCGCCACGCUGGAGGGCGCCGCCGGGUCGCUGCAGAACCUCUCAGCUGGAAACUGGAAGUUCUCAGCCUACAUCCGGGCAGCGGUGCGGAAGGAGAAAGGUCUCCCCAUCCUGGUGGAGCUGCUGCGGAUGGACAACGACCGGGUCGUCUGCUCCGUCGCCACCGCUCUCCGCAACAUGGCGCUGGACUGCCGCAACAAGGAGCUGAUAGGAAAGUACGCCAUGCGGGACCUGGUGAACCGGCUGCCCGGCGGCAGUCCGUCGGUGCUGUCGGACGACACGGUGGCGUCGGUCUGCUGCACGCUGCACGAGGUCACCAGCCGCAACAUGGAGAACGCCAAAGCUUUGGCAGACAGCGGAGGCAUCGAGAAGCUGGUGGACAUCAGCAAAGGGCGGGGGAAAGGGUACUCGAUGAAGGUGGUGAAGGCGGCAGCUCAGGUGCUGAACACGCUGUGGCAAUACAGAGAGCUGAGGAGCCUCUACAAACAGGACGGCUGGAACUACACCCACUUCGUCACUCCCGUCUCCACUCUGGAGCGAGACCGCUACCUUUCACAGCCGACCCUGCCCACCAGCCCGCUGCAGAUGUCCCCUGUCGUCCAAUCAGGUGGUAGUGCAACAUCCUCGCCGGCGAUGCUCGGCAUCAGAAGACACAGUAAGAACUAUCAGAGGGCGCAGUCAUCUAUGCAACUCGACACUUAUUACGGAGACAACAGUUUACACAAACAGCAGUACACAGGGUCUGAGAAGAAAACUCCAUAUUUCAUUGGGACAUAUUCUUCCCAGUCAGGAGAGGAUUUGAGAAGAUCCCAGCACACAGAGCCAUUUUACGACGAGCCCGACAGGAAGAACUACAACAGCUACAGAAUGUACCUGUCGUCCCCUCAAGGCUACGGAGAGGAGCACUACGAGGACGAGCCGGUCCACCUGACCCCGACCUCCCCCGACGGCUACGCCAGCCAGUCGCUCAGAUUCAAAGCCAACACCAACUACGUGGACUUCUACUCCACCACGCGGAGGCCUUCAAACAGGGCGAACAAGUUCACGGGCUCCCCCGACUCCUGGGUGUAAAAACAAAAGGAGCGGCGAGCGUGUGAGGCUUCGCCGUUUUUGGCCUUCCUGUUUCUGUGGGUGUUUGUGUGCGAGGCGUGCACGUGAGUGUGCAAUGUUUGUGUGAAAGGUCAAGGAUGCAUGUUGAACGUGUGUGCAUCUGUGUUGAAACUGUACCGAAUGACCAGGGCUCGGUUUGCAGAUUUUGACUAAGUUGGACUGUGUGCACAAUAAUGCAGAUAAACGUUUAAAAGUCUGAGACAAGAGAAGCAUCGUUUGUGGUUUGAACGGCACAAAUGGAGCGUUUCGAUAUCAGGCAAACGGUGCAAUUAACAUAUCUGACCACUAGGGGACAGAGAGGCGCCAGAAACAUCAUUCUCCACAUCAUUUAUUCAUGCAUUUCAAGCAUCAGCUCCUCCUCUUUUCUUAUUUUCUGGAAAUGUGGAUAAAAUUUGUGCUAAAUUUAGAUGGAAACUUGACUUCUGGGUAAAAGGUGAUUUCAGUGUGGUUUAAACAUGUAAAAAGAUUGGAUUUAUUGAAAUCUUUAUCUGCAUUAUUAUGGACUUGGCUUCGUCAAAAGGUGCUUUUUGAAAAAAACAACCCAGCCCAAACCUUGUUGUUCACCAGAGUGUUUGUUACGGUCAACUGAUUUCAUUUUUCUCUGCAGUAAAAGUGUGCAGUGUGUUGGCUUUAUGACAUAAAUAUUGUUCGCCAGCAUCAUCAUGAGUGCGAGAGGAAAGGAACUUAUUGAAGCCGAGGAUCCUGUAAAUCCACACCUGCGGCAAAUACCGUUUCGGGCUUAUAGAGAUGAAGAAAAACCGCCACGCUAGUCCAAACAGAGCCGACGUCGCUGUAUUUGAAAUAUUAUUUGACCCAGGUGUGCAGAGGAGGAACUUACCCAUGAGCAUCGUGGCUCUCUGGAACCUUUAAAGACUCAGAGAACCAGGGUUACAUGUGUGACCCUCUGCUUUUCUGUAUGUCGGCCAAAAGUGCAGUAAAUCAUGAAGUAUGUGAAAUAUGUGACAAAAACAUGUGAAAAUCUAUUUGUACAGAUACAAUGGUUUAACUGUCCUGUUACAUUGUUGUAUUCAAUAUGUAGAACUUUAUAUGUGACUGUGUGAAGAAGAUUUUUCUAUUAUUUAUUAUUUUUAUUGAUUUACUUGUGAACUGACCAAAAUACCCCAUCUGUCUGUUCUGUCCAAAACUGAUAAUGAUGAUGUGCAAUGUUACAGAGGGAAUAUAUGUAUAGGGAUUAAAGAUUAUAUCAUGACAGUGGUGGCUUUCAUCUUAUUGUCACAAGAGACUGAAACUGAAAGUUAAAUAGAACUUUAUUAGCUUUAAUUGCAUCAGUUAUAUUCAGAGAUAUGAUGCCACAGCCAAAAGAAACAAGGGAACUAAAAAAACAUAGUGCAAACUCAAAAUGUACAUCAUGAUGAGGUCAAUGCGCGGUGUACACAAACGUCCUCGGUUCGUCCUCCCUGAGCAUGCCUUCGACACGAGCUCCAGUCCAUGCACUUACAUUCAUUCACGUGUCGUGUGCGGGGCGGCUGCAGCCGCCUGCUCCCACCUUUGUGUCGUCGCUCUCGGCAACCAAAAGUAGCAUCUGACAAAAUAUUGGGCUUGAAACAUGCUAAACUGGCGGCACAAAGGAAAGAAGCACAGACAGCUAAAGUAUCUUUGAUUAGACGGUUACAAUCUUUUGCUUUCCUUCUC